AUGGAGCCCCAAAGUCAACAUGGCAAUGAUGGUUCACUAGUCGUGAUUCAGCAGCCCUCCUUGGACAGCCGGCAACGGUUGGACUAUGAAAGAGAGAGCCUGCCAACAACUAUCUUGUCACUGGACCAGAUCAAGGCGAUCAGGGGCAGCAAUGAAUACACCGAAGGUCCAUCUGUGGUGAAAAAAUCUGGUCCACGGACAGCACCGAGGCAAGAGAAGCAUGAAAGAACUCAUGAAAUCAUACCAAUUAAUGUGAAUAAUAAUUAUGAACACAGAUCCAGUCAUGUGGGGCAUGUGGCACAUCAGCAUAACACGAGGGCUCCUGUCUUGAGCAGAUCAACUAGCACGGGGAGCGCAGCUAGCUCUGGGAGCAACAGCAGUGCUUCCUCAGAGCAAGGACUGCUGGGACGGUCACCUCCAUCCAGGCCAGGCUCAGGCCAUAGAUCCGAUCGGACAAUCCGGACACAGCCCAAGCAGUCGUCUCUGAUUGUCGAUGAUCUGAAGGGUCCUUUGAAAGAGGACCUGACACAGCACAAGUUUAUCUGCGAACAGUGUGGGAAGUGCAAGUGUGGUGAGUGCACAGCCCCAAGGGCUCUCCCUUCUUGCUUGGCCUGCAACCGGCAGUGCUUGUGCUCUGCAGAGAGCAUGGUGGAGUACAGCACCUGCAUGUGUUUGGUCAAAGGGAUCUUCUACCACUGUUCUAAUGACGAUGAAGGGGACUCUUACGCGGAUAAUCCCUGCUCCUGUUCCCAGUCACACUGCUGUUCUAGGUACCUGUGCAUGGGAGCAAUGUCCUUGUUUCUGCCUUGCUUGCUCUGCUACCCUCCUGCAAAAGGAUGCCUAAAACUGUGUCGAGGGUGUUACGACCGCGUCAAUCGUCCAGGUUGCCGAUGCAAGAACUCCAACACGGUCUAUUGUAAACUGGAGAGUUGCCCCUCCCGGGGUCAGGGCAAGCCCUCAUGA